AUGACAUCUGUGCUUGAUACUACUGCCAUUGGAAAGGUUCAACGUCGCCGCAGACAUGUCAGGACACUUACCGGAUAUCUACCAGAAAAAGAUUCAGAAGGCAAGGAAAAGUGGCCCAGAGGCGAAGAGAAAGUCUGGAAGGAUGGAUUGAGAGGCCUCGACACAGGCGUACCAUCCAUCACCAAGUCGAUCGUCAACCAUGUCCAAACGUCUUUGGCUCGCCAACCACACGAGAUCGACAAUCUUGGAGCUUACCAGGCUGCAGCUCUCUCCGUCCGCGAUAAUCUGAUCAUCAACUGGAAUGACACACAACUGCAUUAUUCUCGCACCGCAGGGAAGCGGGCAUAUUACUUAUCUCUCGAAUUUCUCAUGGGUCGUGCGCUCGACAAUGCCCUCCUCAAUUUAGGCCUCAAGCAACAAUACACGCAGGGGGUCGACAAGCUUGGCUUCAACAUGGAAGAUCUCCUGGCCCAGGAGCGUGACGCCGGCCUUGGUAACGGUGGCCUCGGACGUCUUGCAGCAUGCUACCUUGACUCUUCCGCAUCCCAGGAGCUUCCUGUGUGGGGUUACGGCCUGCGCUACAGGUAUGGCAUCUUCCAGCAGCUCAUCUCUCCCGAUGGACAGCAGCUGGAAGCGCCGGAUCCCUGGCUGGAAAAUUCUAACCCAUGGGAGCUCCCUCGCAUUGAUGUUAGCUAUGAGGUGCGGUUUCACGGCUUUGCAGAGCGCUUGCCCGAUGGAAGCGGCCGCGCCAUUUGGGAAGGUGGCCAGGAGGUUCUUGCUGUCGCUUAUGAUGUGCCCAUUCCUGGCUGUAACACGCGCAACACGAAUAAUCUCCGUUUGUGGGAGAGUAAACCCAAGAGGGGCUUUGAUCUAAACAGUUUUAAUGCGGGGGAUUACGAACGUGCCGUCGAGUCUUCAAAUAGCGCAGCAGCAAUCACAUCCGUCUUGUACCCCAACGACCAUACUACUUUUGGAAAGGAACUUCGCUUGAAGCAGCAGUACUUCUGGACUGCAGCCAGUCUCGCGGACAUCAUUCGCCGAUUCAAGAACCUUGGAAAGCCCAUCACAGAGUUCCCUCAAUAUGUCUCGAUCCAGCUGAACGAUACACACCCAACACUCGCCGUUCCGGAGCUCAUGCGAGUCCUCGUUGAUGAAGAAGAAGUUCCAUGGAAUGCUGCUUGGGACAUCGUCACAGAGACUUUCUUCUUCACCAAUCAUACUGUCCUCCCAGAAGCGCUUGAGACGUGGCCCGUACCCCUUAUGCAGCAUCUCUUGCCUAGGCACAUGCAGAUCAUAUUUGAUAUCUGGAAAAUGUUGUCUUCUGUAGAACGGAAGUUCCCUGGAGACAAGGAACGGCUUGCACGGAUGUCAUUAAUCGAAGAGAGCAUUCCUCAGAACGUUCGCAUGGCUCACCUGGCAUGCAUCGGCAGUCGCAAAGUCAACGGCGUGGCCGAGCUGCACAGCGAACUGGUUCAGACGACUAUUUUGAAAGAUUUCGUAGAUUUCUAUGGAGUUAGCAAGUUUGGAAACGUGACCAACGGCAUCACUCCUCGUCGGUGGUUGGACCAGUGCAACCCUGGACUCAGCAGGCUCAUCACCCUGACUCUGGACAUAGAGAAGAGCAUAUGGCUCAAGGACCUUACCAAACUUGAGGGUCUUCUCGAUUAUGUCGAGGACGAAGACUUCAGAGAAGACUGGGCAGCUGUAAAGCAAGCUAACAAGGAGAAGCUUGCUCAUCACAUGCAGGUUACUUUAGGUCUUAACGUCAAUACCAAAGCCUUGUUCGAUGUCCAGAUCAAGCGAUUGCACGAGUAUAAGCGCCAAACUCUCAAUAUUCUUGGCGUCAUUCAUCGCUACCUCAAGCUGAAAGCUAUGACUCCCAAGGAGAGGAAGACGGUGACCCCGCGGAAUGUCUUCUUCGCAGGCAAAGCCGCCCCAGGGUAUUAUAUCGCCAAGCUGACCAUCCGCUUGAUCGUCAACGUCGCUCGCGUGGUCAAUUCUGAUCCUGACACGAAGGAUUACUUGAACGUCUUCUUCUUACCAGACUACUCAGUCACCUUGGCAGAAGUCCUCAUUCCAGCUUCGGACAUCAGUCAGCACAUCUCCACCGCGGGUACAGAGGCUUCGGGCACGUCCAACAUGAAGUUCUGCUUGAACGGUGGGCUUUUACUGGGCACUGUUGAUGGCGCGAACAUCGAGAUCGCGGAGGAAGUCGGCCCUAGCAAUGUCUUCUUCUUCGGUCAUCUGACGCCCGCAGUGGAAGACCUUCGUUAUCAACACGUAUACCACCCUGUUCCUGUCGAGCAGAAGUCCCCUGCUCUUGCACAAGUUCUCGACGCGGUUUCCUCUGGGUUGUUUGGUGACAGGGGCGUGUACGAGCCCCUGCUCAACACGAUUCGUCAGGGAGACUACUACCUCAUCACUGAAGAUUUUGACUCUUACAUCGAGGCUCUUCGUAUGGUAGACGAAGCCUAUAAUGAUCGAACGGAGUGGAUUAAGAAGAGUAUCAGGACCACUGCAAAGAUGGGCAAGUUCAGCUCUGAUCGUGCGAUCCAAGAUUACGCACAGGAGUACUGGAACAUUGAAAGCACCAAGGUCAAGUAG